GGUACUAAUAACAUUUCUUUCAUAUUUUUCUAAAACUGCAGAGUAUAUUAAAAAAUACGAUUAGAUCGAUCAUAACCAAAAGAACGUAGCAGGGUUAAUUGUGUAAGAGAAUACAGGUAUAGAAAUCCUCCCUUGUUAACUGGCCAGAUGCGGUAUUGCUUCUGUAGAUACCUUUAACCCCACGCGUACGCGUAUGUGUGCGCAAAAUACUCGUAAAGAAGCGCAAUAUAUUUAUAGCUAGAGAUAAAUAUACAUUUUGGCAGUGAUCCAAAUUAUCAUACGUGCGAGUCCGAAGCGAGUAACGGCCUAACCCUCGUAAUAGCAGCACCGUGUCAGUGGUAUUAGUGACGUCUAUCGACGUUGUGAUCGUCGCAACUACCUAGAGAACAAAAAUAAGGGAAAAGAAGAAAUCAGUGCGUCAGUGAAAAACGUCGAAACAUGUAAACGAACCGUGAAUGUUAAAAAAUAGAGAAACGCUUUGAACAAGUGCACUCGUUACGCCUAGUGAUCGGUUACAAGAUUACAAUUAUACUUAUGUUGUUCGUUUAUUAUAUUCGUUUAAUAUGAGACUAGAGGGUUUCCUCGUAUUUUGUAUCCUCGAAAUGAAAGAUGUACUCAUGAAAAAUGCGCUCGAGCAUUUUUAACGACGCCUAGGACAAAUUUAAUCCCACCCGCCUGCUGCAUUUGGGUGAACAUCGAUCAAGUAAAUUCUGCUAACGUCAAUAUCGAUUGUUCGUUGAGCAAGCCUUUAUACCUGUUAGAAUUGUGAAAGGCACAUCGAAAUAUAUCUGCGCCCCAUGUGACGCUUUUGCGAGAUAUGCUCUGCUGGAAAUCGUCGAGAUUUCUGAUUACCAACCUCGUAUAUUUCUCACGUAACUCGUUUAUGGUGAAUGCACCACAUGUAUUCCUCGAAGAAAGGAGAUCCCCUCUGUCCACUUGGUUUCCAUCCACAAGUGCGAUGGCCAACCCGUUGCAAAAGAUGCUUCAGAGAUUACAAGGAGCACGGAGGCAAGAAAGAUAGCUUGAAGGAUAUCACGUCGUCGUCACCUAGUUUAUCGUACGAGCAAUCUUCAGGCCGAUCUGCCGAGAAUGGAAGACGUGGUUGGUCUUCAGCGACAAAUUUGGCAAAAGAUGACUUUAGAGCAAGCUCAGAGUCAUCGUACGCAGCAGCUGGUUGGACUUCGCUCAUGGAUCUUUCUGCUAUCGACAACGAAGAGAGAUUGGAAGAUAGGAGGCCAACCAAGUUACAAAUUAAGGAGGUUAUAGAUAACAGCAAUGAGAGCGCCUCAGAAAAUGACGUCGAGUUCAUAAUCCAGGUGAAGAAGUCGAAGACUGGUUCUUCGAAAAGCAGCGAAAAAAAUGGAGAACGACGAAUGGCAAGCGAAGAAUGGACGGAAAAAAGCGAGGUAGAACAGUUAAGGCUACAAGUAAGAGAAUUGCAAGCACGAUGCGAGAGGGCGGAAAAGGAAAAGAGCGAGAUCCUGAUGAGGCGAUUAGCAACUAUGGAAACCAUAUCGAGUAAAGCUGCACCGAAUGAAGUACAGAAAUUACAGAAGAAGAAUGAAGCGCUUACGCAAGAAAAGAACAGUUUAUUGACCAAGAUAAGGGACCUGGAGAAAGAAGUGAACUCGAAAACGUUUAGAGGGGAACGAGACCGGGAAAAGGACGAGCUACGUUCGAAAUUGAAGGCAGCAGAGAAUUUAUGCGAGAGUUUGAUGGAUGACAACGAAGAUAUGAAGAAAGAAAUACGGCAAUUGGAGGAAGAGAUAUACGAACUACAAGAUACGUUUAGGACGUCAAUUUGGACGGAUGAUUCCAAGACAAGAACGGCACUGUUUUUCGCCAAAAGCUGGAUCGAACGUGGACGUUUCAUUGCUUGGGAUGAGCAAGCGGACGAGCACGUUCGUUUGCGAAAAAGUUUGGAACAGUCGAAUAAGAAUUGUCGAAUCUUAUCGUUUAAACUGAGGAAAGUUGAGCGGAAGGUGGAAGAACUAGAAACUGAGAAAGCUACUCUGGAAAAGAAAUACGAAGAGGUGAAGAAAGUUGAAGAAACGUUGCAAAAGGUUAAAGGAGAAUUCCAAAGUAGGCCUCUGAAAAAGGCGACUGAAUUUACAACUAAAGUACAAUUGAAGAAGAUGGUGGAAGAGAUGGAAAAAGAAAUAGGAGAUAUGAUGACUGUCUUCGCGAAUAUUUCUGAUGGCAAAGAGGUGGACAUUCAGGACAUGAAAAUCAAGGAUAACCACGGGAAAUACGACAAACUCUCAAAGGAGCAUGAAUUACUUAAGGAAAAGCUCGAUUCUGUUAUGAAAGAGUUGUUAGAUGAGAAAGAAAAGAAGAAAUUCAGUACUAAAGUCGAGGAAAAAAAUAUGGAUUUGCAAAACACAAAAAAGAAAUUGGAGGAGGCAGUGACAUUGAGAGAAAACGAAAGGAAGACAUGGGACCAGGAGAAGACAGCACUGCUCGAGGAGAAAGAGAAGCUAAAAUCGAAGCUUCUCUCUCUAUCCGCAGAGAAACUUAAAGUGUAUAACGAAACUGUACAAUUGAAAAAGGAUCUAGAAACAGCUAAGACAUCAGAGAACGAAGGUGCAAAGUUGGAGAAAACGAUAAACGAUCUGAAGAAAGAAUUGCUUUUGGAAAAGGAUAAAUCGAAGAAGCUACAAGAUGAUUUGUCAGGAUAUACGGAACGAGAAUCGAAAAUGAAACAAUCAAUGACAUCAGUUGAACAAACAAAGACUAAGCUCGAUACUGAGUUAAAACGCUUGAAGAAGGAAUUAGAAAACACAAAAACCUCCAAUUCCACGAAAAUAAAUGAUCUGACUAGGGAGGUCUCGGAAUUAAAGAAAGAAAAGGAAAAAUUGUUAUCUCAAGUCGAUCAAGAGAAAGAAUCAAAGGAGAGUGAAGUAGCUACCUUGAAAAAGAAGAUCAGUGCAUUGGAGAAAACAGGAUUGAACACGAAACGGAUGAAUGAAUUGAGGCAGACGUACAAUGAAAAGAUUCUGAUGGCCUAUAUUUUAGAUUUGGAGAACGAGCUCAAGAAAGGACAACUGGAAUAUGAUAAUCUGAAUGACAAAUACAAGGAAUUGACGAAUUUGAAAAAGCAAUUGGAUUUGGAUAAUGAGUCGCUUAAUAGCAAAUUACGAGAGCAAAAUAUAGAGCUGAUAGGUAUUCGUAGAGAACUGGAAUCAAUGCGACAAUCAAUGAAAAUAAAAGAAAGCGAAUGGCGAUCAGAGAGAUCAGCUCUAGAAAAUCGUAUACGAGAGAGUGAGCUGCCAAACAAAGCAUUGAUAACAGAUUUGAAUAAUGACAUAAGCAAUUUGAAGAAAGAAAACAAUACAUUAGUAACGCGAUUAGAAGAUUUAAGAAAAGCGAACGACGACCUUUCUGACAAACUGAAGGACUAUGAAGCAGUAUCAAAGAUCCAUCAAGCUCUGACACCAGACACAACAGCGUUGGAGUCGGAGAUACGAAAAUUGAAAAACGCCCUUGAAAACAUGGAGAAAGCGAAGAAAGCUGAUUUAGCUCAAUGCAAAAUGCGUUAUGAGCAUAGAAUCACUGCUAUCAACGAUGAAAUUCAAGCUAUUCAAAAUCAAUUGUCUAGGUACAAACGCGAGCGCGAUACAUAUAAACAUAUGUUAGAAGGUGCUCAAAAAACUAUCGCGGAAUUAAAGUCUGCUAGAGGUAGACAGUCGAACGCAUCUUCUGGAAAAUCUGACGAGGAAGAGGAAGUAUCUGGUGCCAGUAAAUUGGUUCUAGAAACGCAGAUUAAUAGCUUGGAAGACGAGCUUUCUGAAGCGAGAUUAGAAGCAUCCAGAUUGAAAGCUGAAUUGGUAUCCGAAAAGUCAGCGAGUCAUGUUAAAGUAUCUGAACUGCAGUCGCGAAUUAACGAGCUCGAAGAAGAGAAAGUGCUCACUAGUGGUAGAACGAAGAUUCCAGGACUGAAAGUUCGUAUGGAGUUAGCGUGGCAAAAAGAAAGAGAGGAGCAUCAGAGAUUAUUGCAAGAGACCGCUACACUGGCGAGGGAUUUGCGACAAACUCUAUUCGAAAUUGAAAGAGAACGUUCCAAGGAAAGGCUGGAGAAUAAGAGACGGCAAGAUCAAUUGAAAAAGGUGUACGAUGAAGAGAAAGAAGAAAGCAAGAAGAAAUUGUUAGAGUUACAAUGCGAUUUGCUCGAAUUAAGGGACGCUCACGCAAAAUUAAGGACCAGUAACGAAAAAAUGAGACGCGAAAAGGAACGUCACGAGAAGGAGAGAGAAGAACUCAAAGAUGUAAUACUGAAGAAAUGUAAACAAGAACAGAUUGAAUUACGAAAUCUGAAUGUAUUGAUGCAACAAGUCAAUGACUUGAUGAAACUUUUCCCCGAAUUGAACGGUAUAGCAGAAAAUGGAACUGCAAAUACUUAUACACCGACUCCACCAAGACGAUUAAAGGGACCAAAAUCUAGGGAAUCAUCGCCACUGUCGGAUUCGAGAAGCGAUAUAAGAGGUUCAAAUUCCCAAUUUGUUGAGAGAACAGAAAAAUUAGAGUAUACCGUUAAAAAAUUAAUGGAUGUGGCAAAAGAACUGAAAGAAUCGAAGAAAUCUGCGGACGAAGUAAAUACAACACGAUUGAAGAAACUUGGCAAGAGAUCAACAUCCGUGGAAAGUGACCCGGGGAAAGGUAUAACAACAUCUCGUUCGAAACCACGUUUGAAGAGAAAGAGUUUAUCUUUAGAACAGACAUCAGUACGAAAUGAAGAAUCACGCAUUUGGGGCACUGAUAGCAACAUGUCCAGUUUGCAAUCAUUAGAAAGUUCAGAUGCUGAAGGACGAGCACAAAGUUUGCAGAGAGAUUCCAGUGUUGACAGUCGCCUCUCUACCGGUUCUACUAAAAGCGAAAUGUUGGAGCGAGAAAAAAAGCAUAGUAAAGGUAUAAUAAAAAAGAUUACAACUAAAUUGACUAAAUCAGCCAGUGUGGAUGAUCCAAAUAUUUCUAUGGAUCUUUCUCUUCAAACAUCGGGAUCUGAAACAAGCAUCAAUGAGAAGACUGAAAAGAAAAAUCUAAAGAAAAAAUUAACAGACAUGUUCAAAAGAGGAUCAAGAAGCAGCAGUGUAGAGAAGAAGAUAAGUUCUACGAAUCAUAGUAGGCCAGCAUCGAGAAACUCUACAACGUCGAACAAAUAAUUCGAUUAUAAAUUCCGAGGAAAAUAUGUCAUUAUAGAUACUAUACUAUUAUUCAAUUGUAAUGACAACAAAUAAUUCUGAACACCGAAUAAUACAGAAAUAAGGGUUUGCUCA